UUGGUAUUGUGCAUGGUUUUGACAAGCACUCGACCACUCACUUCUUCAAGCGUGAUGCAAUAUGGGGCAGUUGGAGAUGGAAAAACAGAUGAUACCCAGGCAUUUGCGAAGGCAUGGACAGCUGCUUGUGGAUCUAAAUCAGACAACACUGUCGUUGUACCUGCUGGAAAGAACUUCUUGGUGCGUCCCCUUCAGUUCCAAGGUCCAUGCAAAUCCUCGUCCAUCAAGUUCCAGGUUAUGGGAAAAAUUACAGCCCCCAGCAAAAACAACUUUGGGGCGGGGAAGGAUAAUUGGCUUGUUUUCACGAAUAUUGAUGGACUUGUUGUCAGCGGGAAUGGGCAAAUUGAUGGCAAUGGGCAAGCUUGGUGGCCAGGUUGUGGACAAGGUUCAUCGUGCCAAAGGCCUACUGCUUUGGAGUUCAAUUCAUGCAAAAACUUUAAGCUCGAUGGAUUGACUCAUAACAACAGUCCAAAAAAUCACAUUUCCGUGACAAACUGCCAGAGCUCUACCAUCUCCAAUCUCCAUAUCAUCGCCCCCCAAACAAGUCCUAACACCGACGGAAUUGACAUUAGCUCCUCAACCAAUAUUUUCAUCAAUCAUUGUGACAUUGGAACGGGUGAUGAUUGCAUUGCCAUCAAUAAUGGUAGCUCCUACAUCAACAUCAGCAGGGUAAAUUGCGGCCCUGGCCACGGGAUUAGCAUUGGAAGCUUGGGAAUUGAUGGGAGUGAAGGGCAAGUGGAAGAAGUGCAUGUGAGCGACUGUACCUUCACCAGAACGAAAAAUGGGGCAAGAAUCAAGACAUAUAAGGGCGGACGUGGAUUCAUUAGAAAGAUCAAUUAUGAAAGAAUUACACUAGUCGACACUCUGAACCCCAUACUGAUCGAUCAGCACUAUUGCCCCAAUAAUGUUUGCCAAGAUGCAUUGGACGUGAAUAUAAGGGAGAUAUCAUUCGUGGGAUUUGAAGGGACGAGCGGACAAGAAGCUGCGAUCCAACUGAACUGCAGUGCAAUUGUAGCUUGCACAGGUAUUGUGCUGACGGGGAUCAACAUGACACCAGCCGGCCCUGCCUCCGGAAAGAGUCUUCGAGCCACCUGCAUUAACGCCCACGGAACGUCCAGUCCUUCUAAUGUACCUGCUGUCUCUUGCUUGCUUCCCUAG